AACCCUAACUCCACCGAGUUCGGCGGCGGCCGCCGCACCGCGAGCUCCUCCCCGCCAACACACCCCCCGUGGCGCCAUGGCUCUCCUCCUCAAGCCCAAGCACCACCUCUCCAACACCGGCCGCAUCCUCCUCAACCGCAGCCUAUGCGACGGCUCGCCGGCCCCGCCGGCCCCAACGGAACCCUCACCCCCGCCCCUGAACCGCGCGGAGAUCAAGCUCCUGGACGCCCUGCACGCGGCGCUCCUCGACCACCGCCGCGCCAACCCGGCAGCCGAGCUCCCGGUGUCCCCGCCGUUCGACGCCAUCCCGUCCCUCCCCGCGGCCGUCUCCGGCCUGCUGCCUUGCCCGCCUUCCCCUUACAUCCCGCUCCACCUCCUCCGCCGCCUCCUCGCGCUCCGCCGCGGAGUUCCGCUCCCCGAGGCCGUCGCCUUCUUCCACCACGUCGUCCCCUCCUUGCCCGAAGACUCCCUCCCCGAACUCUACGCCGCUACGAUAGACCUGCUCGCCAAACACCACCAUUUCCCGCUCGCGCGCCACCUGCUCGGCGAAAUGCGCGAGCGAGCCGUCCCCAUCUCGUCACAGCUCAUCCGCGCCUUGAUCCGCCGGUAUGUCCGGGCGGAGAUGCCGUCGGAGGCGGCAGACCUGUUCCGCCGCAUGGAUGACUACGGAGCUGGGGCUCCGGAUCCUGCCACACUGGCCUUCCUCCUCGGCGCCCUCUCCAAGAAGCGCCUUGCCAGUGAGGCGCAGUCGCUGUUCGACAGCUGCAAGUCUGUCUUCCCACCUGAUGUUGUUCUCUACACGGCUGUGGUGCACGCAUGGUGCCGCGCUGGGCGCCUCGAUGAGGCGGAGCGCGUGUUCGCAGAGAUGCAGCAAUCUGGGAUCGUGCCGAAUGUGUAUACCUACACUGCUGUGAUUGAUGCAAUGUAUCGUGCAGGGCAGGUUCCCCGUGCACAAGAGCUCCUGUGCCAGAUGAUCGAUUCUGGUUGCCUACCAAACACGGCAACGUUCAAUGCAAUCAUGCGAGCGCAUGUCAAGGCCGGCCGUUCUGAGCAGGUGCUGCAGGUGCAUAACCAGAUGCAGCAGCUUGGAUGUAAGCCAGAUAUCAUCACUUACAAUUUCUUGAUCGAGACACAUUGUGGGAAGGGGCAGGGCAACCUUGAUGCAGCACUGAAGGUUCUUGCGAAAAUGACAGCAAAAGGGUGUGUUCCUGACUGCCACACGUUCAAUCCCAUGUUCAAGCUGGUGCUUGUGCUCGGCAACAUUGAUGCUGCGCGGAAGUUGUAUGAGAAGAUGAGGGAGCUACAAUGCAAGCCAAAUGUUGUGACAUACAAUUGCCUUCUAAGGUUGUUCAAUAAGGAGAAGUCAAUGGAUAUGCUUCUGAGGAUGAAAAGGACCAUGGAUGCAGAAGGAAUAGAGCCAAACAUUCACACCUAUGCGAUUCUGAUUGAGGCAUUCUGUGGGAGAGGGAACUGGAAGCGUGCACAUGCAACAUUAAGGGAAAUGAUCGAGGAGAAGUCCUUUAAACCCUCAAAGCAGGUGCGAGAUAUGGUACUGACCCUUUUGAGGAAGGCAGGACAGCUCAAGAAGCACGAAGAACUUGUUGAAUUGAUGGCUGACCAGGGUUUCAUUAGCCGCCCGGCAAGUGAUGCACUGUGGAGCAUACUCUCGGCUUGCUGAAUUUCAUGUGUUAGAUUGUUAUUCAAGUGUAUUCGCACAUAAAAAGUAACUUUUCUUAUGUGUUGUACCCUGAUAAAGCUUCAUGAGUAAAAUUGAUUGGGUGAGAGAUAUCAGUCAAAAAAAUUUGUGCUACAAGUAUUUUUUGCCACAAGCUUUGUUGUUCA